AUCACAGAGCUUUGUGGAGCAACUCGACUGGGUCACUUUGGGAGGAGCCAGUUCUACAUCGCUCUCAAGCUCAUCGCCAUCGCCCAGUCUGGGCUGCCCCUGAGGGUGGAAAGCCUCAACUCGGUCAAGGACCUGCCACUCCCCCGGUUCGUGGUGGGGAAGAACGAGGCAGAGGCCAGACACGCAGCGCUGUAUCAGGACACCGACAACCAGGGUCUGUACCCAGCUUCUGCUACUGCAGUAAUACCCAGGCCACCAGGAAGGGGACUCCAGAACAAGAAAGGUCCUGCAACCUCCACUGCACUUCCUGUCCACGAGGUUAUCCAGCCCCUGGCAACCAGCAUAGAACCACAGCCUGAACCGACGUCUCCGGUGGUCUCCCCUCACCAGUCCCCCCCCACUUCCCCUCCCUCCUGGAGGAAACACAAGCGGCAGCACAGUGGAGGAAAUGCAGACAGACAGCCGGUGGUGGUGGUGGUGGCGGCUGCAGCGGCAGCUGGAGCUGUGUGGACGCAGUUCAGAGAACCACAAACCGGUCCAGUUCCCGUUGAUGGCAUGUGGCCGUCCCACUCGCCUCCUUUACCAGGUCAGGAAAGUUGGGUCAGUUUCACAGCAGACACCCCGCCUUCCAGCACACUCCCUGGAAUGCAUCCCUCGUCAGCCCAGGAUAGCACAACAAUACGAACUGUGGCCUCGUCAGCAACGACCAAUGAGAUCCAGCGACAGUCCAGCGGCUACGACGAUCCGUGGAAGAUCACGGACGAGCAGCGGCAGUAUUAUAUCAACCAGUUUAAAACCAUCCAGCCGGACCUCACUGGCUUCAUACCUGGUUCAGCAGCGAAAGAAUUCUUCACCAAAUCAAAACUACCGAUUUUAGAGCUGUCGCAUAUUUGGGAGCUGUCAGACUUCGACAAAGACGGAGCACUGACCCUGGACGAGUUCUGUGCCGCCUUUCACCUGGUGGUGGCCAGGAAGAAUGGCUAUGACCUCCCCGAGAAGCUGCCCGAGAGCCUGAUGCCAAAGCUGAUUGACCUGGAUGACUCAGCAG